GCCCCCCAACGAAGCGAAAGUACAGACAUAUACAGCAAUGCGCGUACACCACUUGAAUCUAUUAGUGCUAAGUGUUGGCCUGGUUCUGGUCCUAGCACUGGCACCGUCCCAGACACAUGCCCAGGCACAGGCACAGGAGGCGACAGCCGAGGCGGAUGUAAAGCAACUGACUUUGGCGGAUGUAAAUCAGGGAACAGAGCAGCAGGAGAUGCCGGCAGUGCGCCUGGCCAGGCAAUUUGGAGGCGGCUACGGCAGACGAGGCUUUGGAGGCGGUGGCUAUGGCAGACGAGGCUUUGGAGGCGGCUAUGGCGGUGGAUAUGGUGGUGGGCGAAGAGGAUUCGGCGGUGGCGGAUUCGGGCGGGGAGGUUUUGGCGGCUUCUAUCCUCCGCCCCCACCCUUCUUUGGAGGCCCCUUCUUCGGCUAAGUGUUAUUCAUUUAAUGUGCAUAUAUGAUAUGAUCAGACCUGGAUUAGCUGCUAAUAAAUCACCGCGAGCUACUGCCCUAAUU